GAUGGGAUAUCCUUUGGUUACCGCAAGAUUUUCAAGCGACAAGUUGGAGAUAACACAGCAGCGAUACACGCUCAAUACUUCCAUUCAAGAACAUGAAAAAUAUCGUUCCCCUCGUCAGAGUUACAAAUGGGAUGUACCCAUAUGGCUUAAAACUAAAACAGGCGACACCAUAUUGGAAUGGUUGAAAGCAAAUGAACCGCUUCACAUAAAUUUGGGGUCUUUGCAAAUGCCGGUGGUAAUAAAUCCUCAUCGCAAUGGCUAUUAUAGACAGAAUUAUGACAGUGUUGGAUGGGAGCUUAUAGCAGCGCAGUUUACACGAAAUUCGGUGUUUGAUCGGUAUACGAGAUACGUGCUUCUGAGCGAUGCAUUUUCUGCAGCUGCUAUCGGUCAGCUGGAAUACGAACUUGUAUUUAAGCUCAUUCGGUACGCUUACUCAUCCAAAAAAGGUGAAAAGCAUUGGCUACCAUGGCAAGCAAUUGUAGAUGGGAUGUACAACAUAUAUGCAAUGUAUGUUAGGACAGACGAAAACGCUUCCUAUGUCUUGUCAUACCUAAACAGAGUGUGGCGACCGAUUGCUUAUGAAAUUCGUGAGAAAUUUCUUGCUGAAGAGACAGAAUUUGCUAAAUAUAUAAGAAAGCAGAACGAAUCUUCGAAGGAGCGCAUCACUGGAAGAUUGGAUUGGAAAUCAGUGAGAUGGGAAUCCAAUGCUGCUUUGUAG